AUGCGCACCGGCUUUUCCCGCCGCACCUUCACCGCUAUCCCAGCUGCCAGAUCAGCGUGGUCAACAGGACCUUCACCUCCACGACUACCAAAGGAAGAGCAGGAGAUCUUCGACAAGCUCCAAGCUGAAUCGACCGGCGCCUUCAGCACCCCUCGAACCGCUCCAGAUGUGACAGUGAAGCAAGCACAAUCAGAGGCGGAAGACAGCCUACUCAAUGCACGGUCGUCAAAGUCAGACACAGACAAAAUGCUAGAGCAACUUCGUGAACGGGCGCGACUCGUGGCGAAAGGAGACGGAGAGGAGCUACAUCCGAAUGUGAGAAGAGGCGCUGCGCCGGAGUUUGAGGGCGACACGAAUCCGAAGACUGGUGAGGUUGGAGGGCCGAAGAAUGAGCCUCCAAAAUCGUGUCGACAAAAUCGUAUCGCCAUGGCUGGACAGCCGCCUCCAUACUCGGACCAUCACGCUGGCUACUUCAAAUACGCUACGCCCGUGGCUGAACAACUUUCAAUGGGACCUAACUUCCAAAAUAAUUUCGAACACAGACACGAGGCCUACAUCUUCUCACCUGAGCAGUCUAACGGCUCGUCGCCUGAUGCACUCGACAAAGCUGCCAGUGCGCUUUACAUCCCGUCCACUUCUCCAGCAACCUCGGAGGUCAGCCUGACUCACUUUGUUUCCAGCCGAUCCGUUCCUGGCCAACAUCUGAAGUUGGUAAAAGGCUACGAAGACAGAGGUUUCAUCUCUCUUCCGUCCGGCGCCUUCGACGAACACAGCAUCACGAGGACUCUUCAGCACUAUAUACAUCCUCACUUUCAGCAAGAUAUGGACCCGAAAGUGUCUACUGCCACAAGCAGUUCCGAAUCAAGCGACAGCCGUGUACCCAAAGCCCACCUUCACAAGAUCGACAUAUCCGCUGAGUCCGCGAGCUUCUUCGACCAUCCAGCUCCGGCCACUUCGUGCUAUAUGUUCAAAUGGUCGAAGCCAAAUAGUGUCUACGGUGGUCCACUCGGCCUCAGCGGCGCCUGGGAGGAGGAUCUUGCAGAGGUACUCGAGCAUGCAUCGUGGAAAGCAGGCAAAGACAUCAUGGUCCUCAUACGCCGCGUGACUCAGCACCAGCUAGAAGAUCUACGAGCGAAGUGGCGAAACGGAACAAGAGUGCUAGACUUCCCACCAGCCGAAUAA